AUGUCCUUGAACAGAGUGGCAUCGAUCGAGGGUUUGGAGCGCGAACGCAGUGAUGAUUCUACCACAACUUCAUACCGACGUAUGAGCUUCAAUCCUGUCGACCAUUGGGCUCCGGAUAUGUCAAAGAAGACAUCGAAUGUAGAACCAGUUCGGACUUUUGAUGAGAUACCUAAAGGAAAAAGAUUAUUACAAUGUGCAAUUGCUGUCUUGUACUGCCUGCUUUCCGCUGGCGUGGUCUUUGGUAACUGCUUCCUCGAUCUCGAUGUCUUGAUAGAUGAAGGAGUAUAUUCUGAGCUCUGUUCCAAGGAAGAAAUCGAAGAUGGUACUUCUCCAUGCUACGGACAGGAAAUCAGAUUAAACCUCAUGUUUACCAUUGCGGCUGUUUCUACCAAUGUCUGUGCAUUACCAGUGGGCACAAUACUCGACCGUUACGGGCCUCGUGCUUGUGGCAUCAUUGGAAGUAUUCUGUUGGCUAUUGGCUCUGCUCUCUUCGCUUUCGGGCGAGAUCUACCCUUCGAUAGCCACACUUCUGGCUAUUUAUUCCUGGCUUUAGGAGGGCCUUUUGUCUUUAUCUCAUCGUUCCAGCUAUCAAACUGCUUCCCAGCACACUCUGGGCUGGUUUUAGCCCUUCUUACCGGGGCAUUUGACUCCUCUUCUGCACUCUUCCUCAUUUUUCGCCUUAUCUUCGAAGGCACUGGUGGAAGAGUCACUACUCGGGAGCUUUUUCUCAUCUACCUCAUUGUCCCAAUCUUUAUCUUCGUUGUUCAACUCACCACCAUGCCUUCUCAGUCCUACAAAACCGUGGGGGAGAUUGUCAAACUAGCCGAGGAUGAGGUCAAUGCUCCAACCCCAGACGAUUCCUCCGUUGCAAACAACGCAGAAGUAGAGCGACGAAGAAGCGAGCACCGCAUGCGCCGGGAUUCUGUCAUCAGCGAAAUCAACUCCCUUCUCGAAACCUCUACCAACAGUAAGCGAGCGAAAAGAGAAGACAAGAAAAACAAGAGAUCCGGCGUAUGGGGAGCUCUUCAUGGUUACUCGGCAUUCGAACAGAUCAAGACGCCAUGGUUCUGGCUCAUCACGAUGUUCACCGUCAUACAGAUGACACGCAUCAACUAUUUUGUCGCAACCGUCCGUCCGCAAUACAGGUACCUCCUGCACUCCGAUGAGGAAGCAAAGACUGUCAACCAGAUCUUUGACGUUUUACUCCCCGUCGGUGGCGUUCUCAGCAUCCCCUUCAUCGGCUCUAUUCUGGAUAAAACAAGCACCCCAUUUGCUCUGGCCUCUCUGGUCGUGACUGCCACUCUCAUCGGCAUCCUUGGAGUGAUCCCGAAAAUGUGGGCAGCCAUCGCAAACAUCUGCCUUUUCGUGAUAUAUCGCCCCUUCUAUUAUACCGCUGUAUCCGACUAUUCCGCCAAAGUCUUUGGCUUUCAAACCUUCGGCAAAGUCUACGGCCUCAUCAUCUGUCUGGCAGGUCUCUUCAAUUUCAUACAAUCACCCCUCGACGCCUUAACCCACAAAGCUUUCCAUAAUAACCCGCUACCGGUUAAUUUGAUAUUGAUGGGGGUAGCGAUCGUGGUGGGUGGCGCGCUGGUGAUAUAUGUCUAUAGCAAGAGUAGGAAUAUGCAGAGGCAAUUGUUGGAGGUGGAGGCGGAGGGGGCGAGGGAGAGCUUGAUGCCGGAUGUUACGAUGAAUGGGGAGAGGGCGUAUGGGACGUGA